AUGAUCUGGACCCGUGUGUUAUUCUGUCUACUUAUAUCUUUUGUUGCUACAGUUCAAUCGAGUGCUAUAAUUGUAAGCUCUUCAUGCAUUUCUCAAGCCUCGUUAUAUCAGUAUGGAUGUAUUAAUAAUAAAACAUCUAUAGGUUGUUACUGUAAAAACAUCAACUGGCUCGGCUCCGUCACUGCAUGCGCCUAUGAAAACUCCAAGUCCAACAAGACGUUUGACAGUGCCUUGAAGAAAAUCGCUGCUCAAUGUUCAAGUCACAGAUCUUACACUUUGGACGACAUGAAGAAAAUUUAUUUAAACGCCUCCAUGUAUUUGAGAGCCCCCGCAAAAACAGAUAUGAAGGUUCUCGUUAAUCAGCCGCUAACGGCGAAUGAGACAGCCUUCCAUUAUUACUACCAAAACAAUUAUGGCAAUCACCUUGCCCUAAUACGGUCUCAAUGGUGCGCCUGGGGUCUCGUCUUCUUUUGGGCAGUCGUGCUUACUAUCGCUACUAUUCUCAAUGUUAUGAAAAAGGUAUUUGGCAAAAGCAUUAUGCCAAACUCUGUCAAAAAAUCACUAAUUUAUCCCU